AUGUCCACUGGUAACCUACCUCCAUGGGAUCCGUCCAACUUCUACUUUGAUCUGCCGGGAAGCAUUCCGCGAUGCUCUAAUGCUACCUGGGACUAUGAGAGUAUUGAAUCCUCUAAUCCCCAGCCCAAAGCACCCUAUCAUGCCGUAUUCUACGCAGGAGGAUACGAGCCGUACCGUAUUCAAUUCAAUAAUACGAAUUUGACCGGGAAAUUGGGCUGGAUUGCCAAUCUCCCUGUGGAUAUUGCGUUUGGGGUUUCCAUGUUUGACGUGGAGAACUAUACUAGUGGGAUGCUGGAAAGAACUGUAUCAAUGACGCCUCGAGCGGGUUGUAAUCUUGCGAACCCACUGAAGCCUUCGACAUUAGAUGUCGAAGUAACAGGAGAAAGUGGACAAUGUCAGAUGUCCUGGGUCAAUAUCAAGAACGGAACUCCACCUUACCAGCUAGAAAUUGCGCCCAUUGGCCGACAUCAAAAGACAAUACACUUUAUGACAAGCCCUUUAGGGUUUGUUUUGGAUAUGAGUACGGGUCUCGAUUAUUGGUUGGCAGUUUAUGAUUCUGCAGGACAUUCGGCUGUUAUGGGGUCAUACAAGGUUUCUGUGACAUCUGAGACUGCCUGUUUGGAGGCAGCAUCAACUGUGACUGCCGGAAGAUUCUCAACGAUGUACCCCGGAGGAACGACUACAUUUGCCACGAGCACAGCUGCGACAGCUACAUCCACCUCCUCACUGUCGAAUACUGGUCAGUUAAAAAGGCCUGCAAUAAUUGCUAUAGCCGUUGCUGUUCCAGUAGCCGUCAUAUUUGUGGUAGCGCUUCUCAUAUGGUUCUGCUAUGAACGACACCGUCGAAGGAACGAUUCCGAAGAAAAGGCCGAAAUCGAACCCUCAUACGCCUACCCUGAUGCCCAAUAUGCUAACAGAGCGGGAACCCCCGUGACCGGGUCCCUUCGCGAUGCGAGCAGCGGAUACUAUAGUCCUCCGCUUGCAACCCCGUAUUCACCUCCACCUACGUCAACAGGGAACAGGAGUACUAUCUAUACCACCGGAGAUGCACCCACAGCCGAGCGUUCAAGCAUGAUUCUCUCAGAGAAACGUCGACACCUUAUCAAUCCGGAUGCACACAGUUCCGGCCCAAUAAAUGCUGAGCCAUUUGAUCCUGAAUUACUUUCUGGACCGUCAAAGACACAGUCAGAACCCGCACCAUCACCUCCUGCCUAUUCAGCGUCCUCUUGA